AUGUAAGUGAAAUAAAUGAUAUUUAUAUUGAUUCUAUAUAAAGUUCAAUGUAAAAAUAUCAUAACUUCUAUAAUAAAUUACACUAAUGGAAUAAUUUAGUCUUAAGUGACAUAAUAAAAUUUAGUAGAUUUUGCUCCUUUUAUACUCCCUUUAGGGAUAAUAUUUAUUUUAUCAUUUUAGUUGAUAUAAUAUUGUUUGAGAAGACAAAUAUUGUAUGAUUUAUUACCAUUAAGUGAAAAAUAAGCAAAUAAAAUUCAUUGUAAAAAAAUACAAAUACCUAUAAAACAUAAAAUAUAACUGUUUUUAAUGAAAUAUUAUUGUUAAUUAAUGAGAUUAUUGACUAAUUGA